AUGGAAAACAUGGAACAAGACAUGGGCAAGAAAGGUACCUGUAUGCCCUAUGCAAUAGAUAAAGGUGGCCAAGAUGCUAAGAGGGAAUGCAGAACGAAUGUAGGAAUAAAUGCUUUGUCCAAAAUAAGCGAUAAUCCAUUUGAUGUCUUAUCUCAAUCACUGUACAAGAAGAGCGAGGUAAGCUGUAAAGAGCUUCCAUCAAAGAAGAGUCUGAUAGAAGACAGUAUAUUUGAGGAGCUUCUUCUGAAGCCCAAGGCCAAGCCUAAGACUGAAAGUAGAAAGAUGCCCUAUGGAAUAUUUACAUCGAUGGCCUUAGUGGCUGAUAAGGAAAUACAGGUCGGGGAAAGGAGAAUGUAUAAGUUUCCAUUUGAAGUUGAGACGAAGAACGAUGGAUCCCAGCUCUUCGAGAAAAUGUAUUCAGAAUAUCUGAUAGCAGCCAAGUCUGUCUUCAAAGAGUACAAAAGGAGCAACAUCAGAUUCUACAUGAAGCUUAAAAACGACUUUUUAUUGUUUGAUUCAUAUUUGAGAGCCAGUUCUGGAAUGAAGAAGGACCUGAUUAAAAAUGAGAUCGAAUUCAAGGAAGAGGGGACCUUUCUAAUUGUCAAAGGAAUUGAAGUGGCUCUGGUUUUUGACUACAUAAUCAACAUCCCGAUGUCACCAUCUUUCUCCAUUCCAUUCAUUCUAUCCGAAAAUCAAUUUGAAAACGGAAUACUGUUUUCUGUAAGGCUUCAAAAAAGACGUGCAAUAAGAGAAGGAAAAAAGAUACUUUACUCAUACGAACUCCAGGGGCCUUUCUGGGCUGAAGAUUACAAGGAGCUGGUUGAUCUUCACACCCGGAUCGUCUAA